AUGACUGAUAAUGUAGAGUCUGUGGAACAAACUAACAAAAUGUAUAGUGGCAGUGAUAUCAAAGGUUGGGGUGUAAGACACACACAAUGCAUUUUAUUAUUUUUAACGUUAUCUUGCGCGUACCUCGUUAGGUCUUUUAUGGCUGUAGCACUUGUUGCAAUGGUACACAAUGAGAAUACUCAAAUGAAAAACAAUAUGUCGAUUUCAUACUCGUAUAUUGGUAUUGACAAUUCAACAAAUACAAGUAAUGUUCCAAUAUCCAAAGAAGAUUUUAAACUUGAUGGCAUUUUCAAUACAAUGCUGAUCAUACCUCCAAGAAUAUUCCCUGUUCCAUGGAGGAAAAUAUUAAGUUGUCCUGGCUUAGUAGCAAUUGUUGCUUCUCAUAUCGGUUUCACUUGGGGAAAAUUAACAAUAUUAACAGAGAUUCCGUCAUAUAUGGAUAAAGUUAUGGGGGUCAACAUUAAAACAGUGAAUCACGUUGAUAUUUCCCCGAAUUUUGCUGGUACCAUGAUGAGUAUCAGCAACUUUGUUGGAAACGCGAUUGGCUCAUUAUCUCCUGUAGUCGCGGGGCUUAUACUCACCGACGUGACGAAUCCUCUACUUUGGAGACAAGUAUUUUUUAUUUCUGCUGGAUUUUAUUUCAUUACGAACUUGUUCUAUCUAAUUUUUGGUACCGGCGAAUUGGCUGAAUGGAAUGAUCCAACUUGUUAUAACGAAGUACCAUUACAUGAGACGACCAAAAUCGAAACGGAUGCUGCUAAUUUAGAAAGUGAUCAGUUAUUAUAG